GAAGUACGUCACGCUGGUGUCAUCACGUGACCAACCUCGCUUUGGCUUCCAAGCUGAAAUUGAAGAGUUCAGCUCCUGUCAGCUUAAACAACCAUUUUCAAUUUAAUGUGUGUCUUUGUAAAAUAUUUUACAAAGACAAAAGACAAGAGUUAGCCUUUACAGGUAGAAAUAACAACAAAUUGAAAGGCGAGACGAUUGCGGGCAGGUGUGCGGGAUUGGAGAACGCAGAUUUUUGAGAGUGGACGCGUUUAAGCGUUAAUUUGCAGUAAUGCUGAAUUCCAAGAGAGACACUGCGUGGACCACGAGCCCGGCAGACCUGCAUUUGUUGAUGAACCAUCCCUCAGCUGUGCGUCUGGCUGGUUGGCCCGGUCUGCCCGCCACGGUGUACUACGAGGAGCCUGCUCUCCGCUCGGUUUACAGGGUCGUGGACUGUCCCGCCGUUUUUGUGCCAUCUCAACUGCUAGCACAGUCGGUAACACCGCCAUACUGCAUUUGCGAACAUUCGAACGCAAAGGAGAACCGAAAGCUCCUGCUGCACAGGUCAGUUCUAGAACUGGUGAACACUCAUCACUACCUGGCUUUGACGGACACGGAGCUGCUGCGCUGGUAUCUCAGUCUGUCGGCGGAGGACAGGGGCAUCAUACUGGAUGAGGGAGGCCUUCACUACUUCCUACAGAAUCAUCCUGGGUUGGAGCUUUCUCAGGGUCAUGUUUAUUUGAAGCAAGCGUCUCUGCAAAUGUCGAAGAUGCUUCCAGGUGACACGAGGGAGAACUUACCUAAGACCGGCUUUUCUCACAGUCUGACAAGAUUUCAAAAUCAAGUGUGUGAGGAGGCCUGUGACAACGCCAUGGUCCCCCAGAUGGCUUACGGCCUCCCUCUCUCACACACACUGAACCAGAACAGGGGUUUGCCAGUGUCUCAGCCGAACAGCAGCAUCAUCAGUGCAGCUGUGCCAUUCAACAUGUACUUAGAAAGAUCCAGACAGAGAAAGCCUGAGGACUCGGCAGCAUGCAGCCAGCGGGCGGCCUCCACCAUCCAGGCACAGUCAGAGUGUCCAGUGGAAAACAGCGGGUCCUCACAGCAGCCAAGAGUGGACGCCAUGAAGCUCACACAGCGUUCAGAGGGGGGCACCAGCCACACAGCGCAGAUCCAGCAGGCUCCUCCUUCUGCAGGUCCGGCAGGAGAAAAUAAUGUGCUUGGUGACCAGAGAACAUCGGUCAGUCAUGUGGAGAUCAGACAGAGCUCUGAAGAUGAAAAGGGUCAGUUCAACUUCCCCAUCAAGGAUGAUGGGGGCAGCCUGGUGUGCUUGGCAGGCAACGGUGUGACACUGCAGAAUGCUGGGGCUCUGAUCCAGCUGGGCGACCCUCCAGCAGACAACUGGCCGAAGAGCACUGCAGAGAAGUUUACCUCCACUGCUCCCUGUGCACCCAGCUGUGAUGCUGCAGUGAAUACCGAUGUACAGUGCUGCACAGCAAAGCAGACCCAAACUGAAGGUCCAAACACAUCCGAAUAUAACGUCAUGACUGAGCUUCAAAUGUCCGAUCUGGACUACCUGGCUGAAGAGUUGAUCAAACUCCAGACGAUUCAGGAGCGCAAGGAGCCAAGGAAGAACAAAAGCCCUGGCAGUGUGUCGGCUGCUCUUAGAACGGACUGCGGCUGUAAGCAGCGCGCCCAGCAGGCAGAGCUGGCCCUGCUCACCCUGCACUAUGAGCUGUGCCGGCAGCACGUCUGGAGGCUCUACUACACAUCCGCUGAGGGACACCUGUCCACGGCAAUAGCUGAAGACCCGCCACCAAACAUUGUGAACAUCCUGCAGAAGUUGGAAACUGACUAUAACCAGAUGAAGAACCAGAUCCUGACGGGGGUUCCUCUGGAGCAGCUGAGUCCUCUGUGUGUGGAGUCUGAGAAGAUCACGACAGGAGCAUGUUACGUCCCUGAACAGAUCCUUACUGGCCUGCUGGGAAAGACUCCUUCUGGUUCCACUCAGGGGACACAGAAGAAUGUAGGAGCUGGAGACGUUGGAGGUCCUGAUGGGGACAAACAGAGCUGCCAGAAACCCAAACUGCUCCACAAGGAAGAUGAAGAGGAUAAGAGAGCUGCAGCUCUUGUACCCAAAGAGCGAUUGGUUAAGCAAAUGGGCCUUGAAGAGGUGAACUUUAGUGAGGCGUGGUACGAUGCUCAGGAGGACCUGCAGUUGCCAGGACCGGCAGUUGACACAGCCGACAAUGACAGAUCAGUCGGUGGUGAGAGCAGCAGCUCAGUACUGUAUGUAUCCAACCUGCCUGGUCAUAUGACACAGAGUGACGUCAGGCAGUUGUUUGAGAAUUUCCAGCCAUCAGAAGUCAGCAUCGUCCCCUCAAAGAACGGCGUGAGAGUUGCCAUAGUGAUGGUGGAUGGCCCAGAGGCGGCUAAAGCUGCAGUCAGAGAGCUCAAUGGCCAUCAACUGCACAGCCGUACCAUACACAUCCGGCACCUGAGUGGAGCCGCUGCUGGGGGCCUCACACCUGGCUCCACCUGGGGGUCCACAGCCCCAGAGGAUGCCAACACCAACUGCAGGCUCACUGAGAAAAAGCUGGUAAACCCAGCGGUCCUCAACUCCAGCAUCCAAACCAGGAGGGUGGUGAGCAUCUUUCCCACUGCCAAGGGGACCUGUGUACCUCAGCACUUCGGCACCAUGGGCGGCCUGGAUGCGCUGAUGUCCGAGCUCACCCAGCUCCACCCCCAUGUCCACCGCCAGACAAUCCUGGAUGCUCUGAUGGAGCUGAAGACCACACACCACGGGGUCCUGGCCAGCCUGUCCCUCAGCACCAUCAGAGACAUGACCUCUGCCCUGCUGAACAAAUCGCCUACUGUCACGCAGAACUAAGUGGAAAAUACUGUGCACCUCUGUUCAAGUUUUAUUUCCAAAUUAGCCGCAGUUCUCCAUUUUUAUUUGAAGUUUGUAAAGAAAAGAAAAGAUCUGGGAUUGUUUGUGGGAAGUGCUGCGUCUUCAUUUUCUGCUGGAUUGCUGUUCUUCACCAGUUAACAGAUGGAUGUUUGGAUCUAAUGUUUAGAUGUUUGUUCUUAUAAAAAGCUCACCCAAUGAACUAUA